AGAUAAAAUCGAAUCAGCACAUUAGAUACCUAGUUUUAUUCAUUGUCAAACGCAAAACUUAAUAACAAAAACACGAACAUCUUUAUUUAUCGAACUCUGCUUCAACUGGAACAAUGCAUGUUUCUGAAUUCAUCACACUUUUUGUCUUUCUUCAAUAUGCGAACAGUGUUCCUAUUGACACUGCACCAGAAGAAGAUGUAGAUACAGAACAAAGACAGAAGCGAUCGGCGACUAUCGUUGAAUUCUUAAUGGAUAGCGAAUCUCGCCACAAACUGUUGCAUGAUCAGACUGCACUUCCGGAUGCAAUUAAUCCAAACAAAGAUGACUUUGGCUCAAAUCUUGUUUGCCCGGAAGAGGUUUCCAAUGAUCCCGACGGUGACGUAAAUGAAUUGUCGACGUGCCCAUGGUACUACAGUGCUUCUCAUGAUCCGACAAGGUUCCCUGCUACCGUCAUCAACGCUGAACCCCUCUGUGAGUACGCUGUAGGCUCGAACAAAAUGUACGAAUGCGUUCCCAUUACACACAAGUUAAAAGUACUGAGACAACUACCGAGCCUCGACGAAAGUGAUAAAUAUGUUUGGGUGGAAGAAGUAAUGACGACUGUUAUCGGAUUUACAGCGUCGGGAAGACGUAUCGCAGUCACCGACGGCCAACAGUCUUCAUCUACAACACCUACACGAUUCACAACUACUUCAGCAUCUACAGCAUCUACUCAGAGUAGCCAACCUACGCCAGAAUGGGCAUAACGUUGGAUAAACGCCGCUUUAAAGAUAAACAUUUAUAUUGAUAUUACAGUAUUUGCCACAAAGUGUUCAAUACAGUCAUUGUGUUUAUGUUUGACUAUACGAUUUAAACGUAGAUAUAAUAGCGUGUGGACUGAAGUUUACAUUAUUUUGCUUUAUGUUUUCAAUGAAUCCUAACAGUUCUACUGAUAUUACCUCAAUUUAUACAUUAUUUUACUUUUAUAAUAGUUUAAACAGCAUCUAACUCGUGCUUUAGCUGUUAAUUUACUCGAUUUCCCGUCAUUUCAUGUUGUUAAAGAUUUAAUCUUUAAUGUUUUACAUUUGAUGCAUUUUAUUUCUAUCUUUUUUAUUGUUGUUAU